GCGUGCAUGAGUAACAGGAUGAUCGAGGAUCAGCGGCUCUUCCCUUCCUCACGUCUACAUUAGAGGGCGGUAAGGCGCCUUCGGGUUGGCUUCCGUCCACAGAAGCUUCGAAGAAGGAAAGUUUGGACGGAAGGGACCCGCGAAAGGCGGCGGCUUCACGAUGGCAUCUAAAAAACUAACGACACUUCGUAAAGAACAGAAGUCGACUUCGGAAGACUCGCAGAAUUCGACGUCUGGAAACGAUGCCAGCUGUGGAAACAACAGUGGAGCUAGAAGAAAGACUAAACCAUCUGGAACAUUUGUCAAGUCACGGUAUAUGCUGACCGAAAGGAAGACUCUCUCAAAGAAUAACAUGCAGAACGAGUCUGUUCUCAUGCCACUUAAGCCUGCUUCACCAAAAGUGGGUAGUGGCUGCAAACCCAGAGUUGGCACUUCAACACGACGAACAAUAUCGGGUGCACACAACAUUUUAGAAACGUCAGGUUUUGGGAGCAGCAUCUUGCAGUCAACGGCAUUGGAUGGUCAUUGUAUGCCCCCAGACUUUGAUGUCUCUGUUAUUAAAGAAAACGCAGCAGCACCACCACCACGUGCAGUGGACCCUAAUACUCAGAAAAGGAAUGUUUUGGAUACAUUCUUGCUGGCCUUCCUCACGGCUAAGAUUGAACAUAACACUCAGAAACUGAAGGAAGAGGCAGAAAGGAAUCUUCUUAUAGUGAUGCAGGAGGAGGACAAGUUGCGUACAACACUCGCCAGCAAGAAGCGGAAGUACCUUCUCCUUGAAAAGCAAAAACAGCUCGACGAUCUGCUUGACCUGCAGAUUGAAGCACUAACUCCUCUAGCUGAAACUGCAAAGCAGUUCACAGGGGAGUACAAGGCAUUUGCCACAGCCAUAGACACAACGCGGCAUGAGUUACCCGUGAAAAAUUUGCACAUUGAAGAGGAUGGAAGCAAAUUUCUGGACAAAGCCGUGGUCUGUCUAAAUCAGACUCGUACUGUCUUAGAGCAGUACACCAAGGGUCUUCUCACAGACAGUGAAAGCAGUGCAGAGUGCCUUAGAGAGAUGAAAAAUACAGCCCAUGAGAUUGACCAGCAGCUGCUCAGUACGUCUUCGCAUCUGUUGGAGCUGUCUUCACUUGUAAGCCGUGAAAUGGUGCUGGUGCAGCAGACUUUGGAAGAAGACGAAAUUGGACUUGGCACAGCGCAGAGUCUCUUCUCAGUUUCAUGAGGAUUUUUUUUUUUUUUUUUUUUUGGAAAAUAUAUUAAAGCUUUGGAAAUUACUGCAAUAUAUUGUCGUCUGUCCACUUGUCAUUUUUUGCAGCAUUUUCAGCCAUUAAUAAUUACUGAUUUUUUCCCCCCCCCCUUCUUCUGAUUGUUAAUAUAAGCUAUUUUUUACGCUGAACUUGACUAGACAAUUCCAAAUGUCAUUGCUGAAAUCACAAACAUUUAAAGACAUUUAAAUCUAAUUAAUUUUAGUAUUUACUAAGUAUUAUUUAAUCUUAAAUAAGUAAAACUGCAUUAAAAUGUUA